UCAAUCUUUUCCCGCCAAAUAUUAUCAUUUUGCGGGAAACGUGUUUAUGACUGUUCUAUGGUGUCCCCCAUCCAAACCGAAAUCGCCAAUAUUGCGGAAUAGUCUAGGAAACACGCCAAAUAAGAGACAGAAGUUAACAAACUGAUGCAAAGACCAUUCUAAAACAGAGAUGUCUGGAUUUGACGAGCAACCAGUGUAUUUUAGCGACCCCUUUGGGUCAUCACAGGAUCAAGGAGAUGAUCAAGAAAUCAAUCGUGUUCAAACCCAAAAGCGUUUUAAGGAAUUUAUUCGACAGUUUCACGAAGGGACUUUUGUUUACCCCUACAGGGAUCAGUUAAAACAGCACUACAAUCUUGGGGAAUACUACCUGGAUAUUGACCUAAAUGAUCUGUCAAGUUAUGAUGAACUUCUUGCUGAUAAGCUGAUGAAAAGUCCAGCUGAAUACAUUCCAUUGUUUGAGGCUGCAGCAAAAGAGAUGGCUGAUGAAAUUACCAGGCCACGUCCUGUCGGAGAGGAAGAUGUGCAAGACAUUCAAAUAACACUGAAGUCAAAUGCAAAUCCAAUUGGUAUCAGGACUCUGAAGAGUGAUCAUGUUUCAAAAUUGGUAAAAAUUCCUGGGAUCAUCAUCAGUGCCUCUGCAAUUAGAGUUAAAGCUACAAGAAUCACUGUGCAAUGCCGUUCCUGCAGAAAUACCAUUCCAGAUAUUCCUUUGAAACCAGGGCUGGAAGGCUAUGCCUUGCCAAGAAGUUGCCCGUCAGAGCAAGCUGGCAAGCCACCUUGUCCAGUUGAUCCGUUCUUUAUACUUCCUGACAAAUGCAGAUGUGUGGAUUUUCAGGUGCUUAAGCUACAAGAAUCCCCGGAUGCAGUGCCAAAUGGAGAAAUGCCAAGACACGUGCAGCUUUAUUGUGACAGGUAUUUGACUGAAAAAGUGGUUCCAGGAAAUAGAGUGACAAUCAUUGGAAUUUAUUCAAUCAAGAAAGUGUUCCAGAAGUCAUCUAGAGGUCGAGAGGAAAGUGGUAUAGGAAUUAGGAAACCCUAUAUUCGAGUUCUUGGAAUUCAGUUAGAAACUGGGGGCGGAGGAAGGGCUGCAGUUAAAGCGCCAUUCACACCUACUGAAGAAGAAGACUUUAGAAGGCUUGCUGCAACACAGGAUGUUCACGACGUUAUUGCAAAGAGCAUUGCACCAUCUAUAUUCGGAAGUAUUGAUAUUAAAAAAGCAAUUGCUUGCUUAUUGUUUGGUGGCUCAAGAAAAAGGCUUCCAGAUGGACUUACACGUCGUGGUGACAUCAAUGUCCUACUUCUUGGUGAUCCUGGGACGGCUAAAAGUCAGCUUCUAAAAUUUGUUGAAAAAGUGGCUCCUAUUGCAGUUUACACAUCCGGAAAAGGAAGCAGUGCUGCAGGGUUAACGGCUUCAGUAAGCAGGGAUCCUGUUUCUAGGAAUUUCAUUAUGGAAGGAGGAGCAAUGGUCUUAGCUGAUGGUGGUGUUGUGUGCAUUGACGAAUUUGAUAAGAUGAGAGAAGAUGACAGAGUUGCCAUUCAUGAAGCUAUGGAACAGCAAACGAUUUCUAUCGCAAAGGCCGGAAUUACCACUACCCUGAAUUCAAGAUGCUCUGUUCUUGCUGCCGCCAAUUCAGUAUACGGAAGAUGGGAUGAGACCAAAGGAGAGCAGAAUAUCGACUUUAUGCCAACCAUCUUAUCAAGGUUUGACACAAUAUUUAUCGUAAAGGAUGAGCACGACAAAGCCAAAGAUAUGCGUCUUGCCAAGCAUGUGAUGCAAGUGCAUUUGAACGCUACUCAAAAGGCAGCAGUCGAAGGCGAACUGGAGCUAGAAUUUUUAAAGAAGUAUAUCGAUUACUGUAGAACGAAAUGUGGUCCCAGGUUGUCUGAGACUGCUGCUGAAAAAUUAAAGAACCGGUACGUGUUGAUGAGAAGCGGAACUCGCGACGCAGAGAGGGAAUCAAACAAGAGAAGUAGCAUUCCAAUUACUGUCCGACAACUUGAAGCAAUUAUCAGGAUAUCAGAGUCACUUGCCAAGAUGCAGCUACUUCCAUUUGCAACUGACGCACACGUUGACGAGGCACUGAGACUGUUCCAAGUAUCAACACUUGAGGCUGCCAGAUCGGGAAGCCUCUCCGGUGCUGAAGGACUCACUCCUGAAGAGGACGUCGAAGAAGUAAGGAGGAUCGAGCAACAGCUUAAAAGGCGUUUUGCUAUUGGCUCACAGGUGUCUGAGCAGCGUAUCAUUCAAGAUUUUGUUCGUCAGAAACACUCAGAAAGGGCAGUCCAGAUGGUGAUUCAUGUUAUGCUGCGGAGGGGUGAACUAGAGCAUCGUUUUCAACGUAAAGUCUUGUACAGGGUACGAUAAAACUUCAUCUUUUGAAGAUAUUCCCAACGAAUUUGUGGUUGGACCUUUCUAAAAAGCAGCCGAUACAGGAAAACUGUUGUAGUAUUAAGCAGAAAUUAACACAGUUGUUCAAUCUAAUAAGAUAAUUAUUAAGAUACAAUUAAUUGGAAUUCUUCCACCUGCUGUUGAUUUUUUAAUGUAUCUCCCUGGCACCAUUGAAAUCGGUUUCUAUUUUCUUUUGAUGUAGAAGCUAUUGAGCAUUUUAGGCCUAGGUAAGAGGUCAUGUUUCUGCCAGGUCGAAUUAAAUUAAUGGUUAAAAAGUGGUCAAAUUUGACGCAAAUGCGGUAAAAUUCGACUCUGGAUUUAAAGGUCGAAUUUGAAGAGGCACCAACGCAAAGAUUUGACCCCUGAAAAUUGCAAAAAGAUUCUGGAAGUGGGGACAAAAGUUCUCCCAAAAGGUUGAUUUACAUGCUUUGUAUCACAUACAUGUUGCGAAAAACAAGCGAGAGAAACUAGUACGAUUAUAUUUUUGGUAACCUAGCCCUCGGUUGACAGGGAUUUUUCGGCACAAGGCAAG